AUGCAGGAUACCGUCUUCUGCCUGAGCGCCGAGUCCAAGUUGAGGUUUGGAGCAUCAGCCGGCCGGGAGCGAGCACUCCAGUGUCUCACCUCUGUCCCCGCCAACAUGAAGUCUGCAGAGGAAGAUGUAUACAGCUACACACCAAAUGUCAGCCUGUCCCUUCCACUGGGCAUGGGAAACCCCUGUCUGGCCACCCAAUACCACACCUUACAGUCCAGCCCAGUCAUCUCAGUUUCCUCUUGCCUGCAGACAGGCUACAGCCUCCAGAAUGAUAUCCAUGCAGCAUCAGGCUAUUACCUGCCCCACGGCCUCAGACCCAAUGGGGCUCCAGCCCUGGAGAGCCCCCGUAUAGAGAUCACUGCCUACAGCCAGUACCCUGAGGAGGAGGUAGAAGAGAGCAGCAGUGAGGACCACAACAUCAAACGAGGUUUGAACUCCAUCGUCACACUGACACUGCCCAAUGCUGAUGGCUACCGCGAUCCCAGCUGCCUCAGCCCUGCAAGUAGCAUUUCCUCACGCAGCUGUAACUCGGAGGCGUCAUCCUAUGAGUCUGGCUUCUACAACUAUGACAACUCCCCACAGAAUUCGCCCUGGCAGUCUCCCUGUGUUUCUCCCAAAGGCUCUUCAAUGCUCCUGUCCUGCCCACAUGCCAGCGGGCCUGCAGGCUCCCCACACAAUUCACCCUCCAACUCCCCUCAGAUAGGGGCAGUGGCUGAGGAUGGCUGGCCGGCUCAACUUCGCGGGUCCAGGCCCAACUCGCCUUCCUACAGUGGAGGUGUUGGAGGAAUCGGUGGAGGAGGAGGAAUUGGGAAGAGAAAGUACAGCCUCAACGGUGCCCCCUACCGUCAGACAUCCUGCACCCCCAACCAGUCCCCCAUCCCGUCUCCACAUAUCUCCCCCAGGGUCAGCAUCACAGAUGAGAACUGGCUUGCCAACACCAACCAGUACACCAACUCUGCCAUUGUGGCUGCCAUCAACGCUCUCACCACAGAUGGAGUGAUAGACAUGGGGGAGGGAAUCCCAAUCAAGACACGGAAGACGAUGCUUGACCACUCGUCCUCCAUGAGCCUGAAGCUGGAGCCUGGUGGGGAGGAGCUGGGUCUUGACGGGGAGCUCUGCCACGAGGACUACCCCUCCCGACUGCCCCUCAAGAAGGAGAACUACUGUGGAGGGUUCCUUGAUGUGCCCCAGCAUCCGUACUCCUGGUCGAAGCCCAAACCUUACCUCAGCCCAUCUCUACCAGCUCUUGACUGGCAGCUUCAAUCAUGCUCCGGCCCGUACAACCUGCAGAUCGAGGUGCAGCCCAAGUCCCACCACAGGGCCCACUAUGAAACUGAAGGCAGCCGCGGGGCGGUGAAGGCGCUCUCCGGAGGACACCCUGUAGUGCAGCUUUAUGGCUACAUGGAAAGCGAGCCGCUCACCCUGCAGCUGUUCAUCGGGACCGCAGACGACCGCCUCCUGCGACCACAUGCCUUCUACCAGGUCCACCGCAUCACCGGCAAAACCGUCUCCACCGCUAGCCAUGAAGUCAUGCAAUCCAACACCAAAGUUUUGGAGAUCCCUCUGCUGCCUGAAAACAACAUGAGAGCCAUAAUCGAUUGUGCAGGGAUCCUGAAGUUGCGUAAUUCGGACAUUGAGCUCCGCAAAGGCGAAACAGACAUCGGUCGUAAAAACACACGUGUGAGGCUGGUGUUCCGAGUGCACAUCAACCAGCCCAAUGGCAGGACGUUGUCCCUUCAGGCUUCCUCCAACCCCAUUGAAUGCUCCCAGCGCUCUGCACAGGAGCUUCCCUUGGUGGAGAAGCAGAGUGUGGAAAGUUACCCUGCCACGGGAGGCAAAAUGAUGCUCCUGAGUGGUCUUAACUUCCUCCCCGACUCGAAGGUGGUGUUUGUGGAGAAGGCCCAGGACGGGCAUCAUCUGUGGGAGACAGAAGCCAAGGUUGACAAGGACUCCACCAAAUCUAGUUCUAUUGUUGUGGAGAUCCCACCAUACAGAAACCAGAGAAUAUCCAGCCCUGUGCAUGUCAACUUCUACGUCUGCAACGGCAAGAGGAAGAGGAGCCAGUGCCAGCGCUUCACCUACCUGCCUCCUAAUGUGCCGAUAAUAAAGACAGAACCCACUGAUGAAUAUGAUUCUCUGGGGACUGCAGGGCGGCCCAUGCAUUCAAAGCACUACUACAGCCAGCCCAGGCACGCUCCCAUCAUGCCUGUAGCAGAACCCGAUGCCUGCCUGGUUGGUACCUUCCCUUCUUGCCAUUCUACCAUUCCAUCGUCGUCUCCCAGCUCCAGCCCCACCCUGCAUGACCUAUCCCCUGCGGCAUACAGCAAGUGCCUCCCCAGCAGCCCCACUCAUGCGACACCACCAGGUCCUUUGGUGUCCCCCACUCCGGAUACCCCUGUCCACCCUAAACUUACCCACCCAGCCUCACCAGACCACAACAUAUGCCUAGGGAUGCUCCACUCCCAGGGCAGCCCCAGCCACCUCAACAGCCCAGGACCCCAUGGUUACCACCAUAUCUAUGCCAACAGCAGCCCCUCAUCCUCCCCGGGGUCCCAGCCUUCCACUCCCGGUGGGACUGCAGAGAGCCCGUUCGUUCAGACCUACAGCCCCAGUCAGGCUCAGGCAGCAGCUGGCUCAGCCCAAGCUGGAGUGCGCCCACCCAGCCUGGUACCCGAGGAUGCCAGCCCCCCUUCGAUGGCCGUCACAGUCAAACGGGAGCCACAAGAACUGGACCAGAUGUACUUAGAUGAUGUCAACGAGAUCAUCAGGAACGACCUCUCUAGCAUCUCCGUGCAUACCUCUGCAUAGACGCCCAGGUGUCCAGACACGCACUCAAACUGCAGCAGCAGCAGCAACAACAACAACAACAAAGAUGAUGAAGAAAAGCGUUUUUGACCAGGAUCUCCCACUGGACCACCGUUGCCAUCCUUCUCUCUCAAACACUUGCUGCCUAUUCACAUAGACAAUCACUGGCAAACUCCAUGUGAAUAAAUAGAUGAACGUUAUAUUUACAGAAAAGGGAAGUGAUAUCAGGGGCAAAGUAUACGAGUACACUUGCCUUAAUAAUUCACAGCAGACAUUCUUUAGUGGACCAACAACAAGACUGAAUUACUCUACUAUCGUUGAAAAAUGACAAUCUUCAUUUCGAGCGUGAUCUGUAUGUUAUUGCAUGGACAAACUAACAGGAGAACACGAGUCGUGCUUCAUCACUUUGGUUCAUUUGUUUGUGCAGUCAGUCCGCGACAACUUAAUCGGUGCCUUACAAGUGAUAUUGACAGCAGACAACAGCAGCAGUCACACACAUGCAAAUGGUCGGUAGCCCAAAGUGGAAGAUUUUAUACGACACUUUUGUAUCAUUUCAAAUUAUUUGUUUACAGGGAAACUGAUUCAAAGGCUAUACAUAAAUACAUAGGGAGUAUGUGAAUUGUAUUUGUUUUUCUCUCUUCCUUAUUAUCCCAUUGUUCAUUUAUACUGAAUGUUAUUGUAUGAUAUUCUUUUGUAUAAACAUGUAUUU